UCGCUCGCGCUGGAGAUUCAGGGCAACAGCGUGAGGAAACAGUGAACGAAAGCCAGUGCAGUGUGUCAGACCAUACUGGAGGCAGAGCCGAGAAGCCCAGGAGUCAUUACUGUAAAGAAGUUCGUCUUGGAAAUCUUCAAAAAAAAAAAAAAAUUUAAGAUAACAUUUGAACUGACAGGAGUUGUUUCUCCCAGGACAACCUGCCCACAUCCACAGGCUGAGUGGUCAUUGAGUGGUGUGUAAGUGGUAUAUCCUCACUUGUUUGCCAUGGACAUCUGCAACCUUGAUGACCUCUUUCUGUGAACAUAUGUGCUUCUUGGAUACGGAAAGAAGUACCAAUAACAGCAGUCUGGCUUUCAAGACUCCAUCAUGCACAACUAGUCCUCUUGCCUAUCCAGUGGUGUCUCCUACCUGUGCUCUAAUACUUGUACCUCUGUAAGUACAACAACAGGAAAGAAGAAAAAAUGGUGGCAUCAGUGCCAGAGCAAUAUGGUGUCUGCUAUAAGGUGCUGCAAAUGCAGGAAAUGACUAGAAGGAUUCACGGGGGCCCUGGAACAUGAGCCAUUGGAGUGGAUUGGAAAAUCAUUGUUGCUGUGGUGGUCAUCUGAUUGAGAAAACACUAAAUUCCAAGCUAACAGGAUACCCAGGCCCAAUUUGAUUCCAUAUUGUGUCUCAACACCAUUGAGAAGAUGGGGGAAUUUUCUUAAUCACAGCACAAAUGCAGAAGUCCAUCUCCAUGUCUGAAGACACGAACUCAAAACCAUAUCUAUUUUCCUCUCAGGAGGCCCAGGACCAGGCCAUUGGCUGCAGUUCCAUGGCAACACUUCAUCGCAUUAGCAGUUUUGCAGAGGCAGGAGAGCUUGGACUGGCCUCAGACGGCAGUGACAGCAGCAGUCAGGACCCUUCUGCCUCACCCCACAGUGACCGCAAGAUGGCACACUCCUUGCAUGAGGAUGUGGAGAUGAAGAGCAGUGGUUCCAGUGGAAGUGGGACUGAAUCGCAAGGAAAUGAGUCACAUGGCAAUGAGUCGCAUGGAAACUCAUCGAACGGGAAUGAAUCGACCGGAAGUUCCAAUGGCAAUAGCAAGGAUUCAGCCCUUUUGGAAUCAUCAGGGAGCAACAAGAGCUCCAACUCUCACAGUCCCUCACCUCCCAGCAGCUCCAAUGCCUUUAGUCUACUCAGUGCAAGUUCUGAACAGGACAACCCUUCUACUAGCGGAUGCAGUAGUGAAGAGUCUGCUAAGGCAAAAACACAGAAGGAACUGAUAAAAACCCUCAAAGAGCUGAGGCUCCAUUUGCCAGCAGAUAAAAGGAACAAGGGCAGUAAAUCCACCACUCUGAACACCCUGAAGUAUGCCCUUCGAUGUGUCAAACAGGUUGAAGCUAAUGAGGAGUACUACCAGUUGCUUAUGAUCAAUGACAGCCAGCCAUCUGGCCUGGAUGUAUCCUCAUAUAUGAUAGAAGAAAUUGACAGCAUCACGUCAGAAUACACACUGAAAAAUACAGACAUCUUUGCAGUGGCAGUAUCUCUGAUCACGGGCAAGAUUGUAUACAUCUCAGAUCAGGCGGCAUCCAUUCUCAACUGUAAGCGGCACGUGUUCAAGAAUGCCAAGUUUGUGGAGUUUUUAACACCACAGGACGUCAGCGUGUUCUACAGCUUCACCACACCAUAUAGGCUGCCAUCUUGGAGCAUGUGUACAGGAGCUGAAUCUUCACCUUCUGACUGCAUGCAGGAAAAGUCAUUCUUCUGCCGCAUCAGUGGAGGUAAGGACUGUGAGGGGGACCUGCAGUACUACCCAUUCCGUAUGACUCCCUAUCUAAUGAAGGUGCAGGACACAGAGCACACUGAAGACCAGUUCUGCUGCCUUCUGCUGGCUGAAAGAGUGCAUUCCGGCUAUGAAGCUCCAAGGAUCCCAACGGACAAACGCAUCUUCACCACCACACACACACCAAGCUGUGUGUUUCAGGAUGUCGAUGAAAGGGCUGUCCCAUUGCUUGGAUAUCUACCACAAGACCUGAUUGGUACACCAUUACUCCUGCACUUGCACCCAAAUGAUAGGCCAUUGAUGCUCAGCAUUCACAGGAAGAUCUUGCAGUAUGCUGGUCAGCCGUUUGACCACUCAUCCAUUCGUUUCUGUGCUCGAAAUGGAGAGUACAUCACCUUAGACACCAGCUGGUCCAGCUUCGUCAACCCCUGGAGCCGUAAAGUGUCCUUUGUCAUUGCACGACACAAAGUCCGCAUGGGUCCCGUAAAUGAGGACGUCUUUGCAGCUCCAGCCACAGCUGAGGGUAAAACAAUGGACUCGGAUAUCCAGGAUAUCACAGAACAGAUUCAUCGGCUACUGCUUCAGCCAAUACAUAAUAACGGCUCGAGCGGCUAUGGAAGCCUAGGCAGUAACGAUCAUCUGGUGAGCGUGGCCUCAUCCAGCGAGAGCAAUGGAAAUGCAGCCCAUCCACACGUGGAUGACGAAGAAGGUCGAGCCAAACCUAGAACGUUUCAGGAGAUCUGUAAAGGUGUUCAUAUGCAGAAGAACCAGGGACAGCAAUUCAAAAAGAGUCCAGGCACAGAACCGCUCCAGAAGAGUCCAGUAGUUCGGCUGAAAGACUCCGCAUUCCCAGUUAAUUUGAGAGAGAGUACGGAGGAGCAGCAAGCCACCAUACAGGAAGAACUCACAUUAAAAGAUCAGACUGUCUACUCGUACCAGCAGAUCAGUUGCCUGGACAGUGUAAUCAGGUAUUUAGAGAGCUGCAAUGUGCCUAUCACGGUGAAACGUAAAUGCCAGUCGUCCUCCAAUACCACUUCCUCUAACUCAGACGAAGACAAACAGAAGGCAGUUGAAAGCUCUAUGCAGGUGGCUGAAGCACCUGGACACCUGAAGUCCCAAACUGGUCUUUCUUCUCUGGAUGUGUCGAAGAAGCCAAGCGGCUCAGGCGUGGUGGGCACCUCGCUCACUCCCCUGACACUGCCCAGCAAAGCUGAGAGUGUGGUGUCCAUAACCAGCCAGUGCAGCUACAGCAGCACCAUCGUACAUGUGGGGGACAAAAAAACCCAGCCAGAGUCAGAAAUCAUAGAGGAUGGCCCCAGUGCUGGAGACAUAGCAGAAGGCCCCACUGCAGCCACUCCUCCUGCCACAGUUAUACCUCCCAGCCAGGAAAGAGAAGCAUAUAAGAAACUAGGCCUGACUAAGCAGGUGCUGGCAGCACACACACAGAAAGAAGAGCAAGCCUUUCUCAACCGCUUGAAGGAGCUAAGGGGAGUUCACACUUUCAAAGCAGACUACCUGGAGAAGCAGAAAGGACAGGCCACGUCCGAUGUUGGACAGUAUCAUGUUGGUAAGCAGGGGGGGAGAGCAGAACCUGCCACUGGCCGUGGGGGCCGCAACAGAAAGUCCAAAUCCAAGCGCAUCAAACAGAAUGAAUCGUCCGAUAGCACCAUCUCACAUCGGAGACAGCUGUUCAGGCAAGAACUGCAAGGACUGAACCAGACUUCAUGGUCUCCUUCAGACACCUCACAGUCUGCUUUUCCUAUCGCGUACCCAGCCGUUGUGCCUGCAUACCCCCUCCAGGUGUACCCAGGGAGCAAUGCCAUGCCCCCCGGGGUGGAUGCCCCACUCUCAGGAUUUGGAGACAGUCAGUGUACCCAAAAUCCACGCUUCCCCGUGCAACCCAUGCAGCCCCAAUUUCCUGCCCCUCUUGUCACACCCAUGGUGGCACUUGUGCUGCCCAACUACAUGUUCCCACCACUAGGAAGUGCCCCUCGGCAGCCUUUCUACCCUGAGCAGGCUUUGUUCCCACCCACCCAGGUUCCAUUCCAACCCCAGACAACGUUUCCUGUACAGACUCAGUUCACCCAACAAAACCCUUUUCCAGCUCAGCCAUUCCCUUUCACGCCGCUGGACAAGCAACCCAAGCCCGCAGAACCAGAAACGAGGGAGGGGCCUUCACGGAGCUCCACCCCUCAGUCACUGGGUGGACGGGACCAAUCAUCUCCACCCUUGUUCCGGUCACAGUGUAGUUCACCACUGCAGCUCAACCUUUUGCAGCUGGAGGAGAGCCAGCGCUCCAAUGAAAGACAGGAAACCACAGCAACCUCUGCUGGUACUCAGGGGAGCACUGCAGUGGAGAAAGGAGCAAACGCUGGAAUGCAGACCAAGACAGACAUAGAGACAGAAGAUGCAGAUGACAUGCACCACUGUGACGCUUUCUCUUUAUCCAGUGAUCUGUUGGAUAUCCUCAUGUUGGAGGACUCUCGGUCCGGCACUGGGUCAGCUACAUCUGGGUCCAUGGGUUCAGCUUUUAAUGGCUGUGGCACGUCAGCUUGUGGAAGUGGUGGAUCUGCUAGUGGAACUGGGAGCAGUCACACCAGCAAUAACAGCAGUAACUACUUUGGCAGUGUGGACUCUUCACAGAAGUCCCUUAAGGCCAAGAGACCAGGAGGUGGCGUUUCAGGGUCCUUGGAGUUAGAGGAGAGUGAGAGUUUGCUCAAAUAUGUCCUGCAGGAUCCUCUGUGGCUCCUCACUGCCAAUGUGGACAAGGCUGUAAUGAUGACGUACCAGUUGCCCUCUCGUGAUAUCCAGCAAGUGUUGCGGGACGACUUGGAGAAACUGAGGCAGAUGCAGAAGAGUCAGCCUCGGUUUUCUGAGGCUCAGAAGAGGGAGCUGGCUGAGGUUCACCCCUGGGUGAGAGAAGGAGGAGGUCUACCCAAAGCCAUUAACAUUGAGGCUUGUGUUGGCUGUAAAGGAGUCACAGAGACACUGGUUGCCGAGGAGCUCCCAGACCUACACAUGGGGGAAUCUGAAGCCAGUGAUGUCACAGCCCCCCCUCGUGACCAGACGCAAUGAAGAGCUUGUACACACACACAGAGUACUAAUCUGGGAUAGGAUGUUUUUGUAUAUGUUUUUAAAAAAAAUACAACUUGAAUAAUUUAUAUGUUUAGAUGAGGUAGUGAAGAGCAUUGCUUUUGAGGAGCUUUAUGGAGUUCUCCGAUGUGUGUCUGUGUGUGUGUGCGUGCGUGUUUGUCAGAUGUCUGUCAGUCAAAUUCCUAGACUCCAAUGUGUUCUAAGACAAUGUCCUUGUGACUAAAAAGUAUUUUUGUUUCUUGAAAUCUCUUAAUUAAAUGGUUGUUAUUUUAUAUACUCAUGUGGAGCUUGAAAACCACACAUUGUCAUAUUUUAUGUUCUAUAAUUGUACCCCACAAAUGUCUUUGAAUACCUCAACAGCUACUUUAGUAGCUUUAAGAAGCAUUUCUGCUGGAAAAGGCUAUAAAAAUUAGUUUCAUUUAAACAAUUAACUACAAAUGUCUGUCUCCUCAUCAGCUAUUACACUAUAUAAAUUCAGAGAAAUGGGACAGGAGGUAAGGAUACUAGCUGAAAAGACCAGAACCAGUGCAAUGAAUAUAGUUUAAUAUAUUUUCUAUAAGUUAUUCUAUAAGCUAGUACGUUGAAGAUUAUAGAGAGAUCCAUUUACAGACAACUGUGGUACAGGGACCACAAAAGCGUUUAAUCCUUUUUCCCAGGAUAGAGACUGAUCUCGAGUUUUGAAAGAAAAAUUGACAUUGGAUAUGUCCAAACCAACUUCUUACUGUACUAAAUAGCAAUGAAUAUAUUAAUAUUUGAUUCAUAUUAAGUCAUUAUUAAUAUACAUUUUCUCCUUAUUACUGUACGUACUCUCAACAACCACAGCACUUUUUUUCAAAGUGAGCCAGCCAAAUUCCCAAAGCCUCUGUUUUUUUUUUAUUAUUAUUUGAGUUUUUUUUGUUUGUUUUGGGUUAACUGGUAGGUUUGCUAAUAAGAGUUGAAAGAAUAUAUAUAUUUUUAUUUUAAACUACAAUUAGGACAGUUUUCACAGUCAAAAAGACUUGUUUAUUGUAGGGUAAAGAAAGGUAUUUUAUGUGUCAAAUGUUAUUAUAUAGGAUUUGUUUAAAAAAUAAAAUUAUUUUCUAAGAAAAAGUAAA